CACUCCCAUCACUUUUUUCUUGAAAUAAUCUUCACCAUCAUGACUCAAUCCUGUCUUAGGGAAACCAGCUUAGGGGCCUUCGGCGUCUUACCUGAUGAGUUGAUAAUAGAAUAUAUCCUUUCGUACCUAGCAUCCAAGGACCUUUGCAAACUAUCUCAAGUAUCACGAUUUCUCCACGUUUUUUCCAGAAAUGACCUUUUAUGGCGUAGAUUAUUCUUUGCGGACCGAAAUCGCAAGAAGACGAGAAUUGUCUAUCGUGGCAAUUGGCUCCUUACCUACUUGUUUCCGGAUCCUGAGCAUGACGCAGCAUGCGCUGCUCAUCCUCUCGUCACUCAGCCCGCCCAAGUUCAAGGCGUCAUGUCGGAUUACCUCCAUCGUCAGUGGGUCAGGAGCACUAUGUUCUUUGGCCAUUUCUAUCCUCCACCUUCCCUGCCUCCAGUGCAUACCAUAAGUCAAAAACGACCUGUCAACCUCACCAUCCCUGUUGAAGAUUACCAGAGCUUGGACCUAACAACCUUUUACCAAAAAUACGCUUAUCCAAAAAAACCUGUAAUGUUCCGAAACUCGGGAGUAGAAUCAUGGCCUGCAUGGAAAGACUGGACUCUGGAUUCUCUCACAGCAAAGUAUGGAGAUACACUAUUCCGAGUGGCGAACAUUGACAGUGAUGUGGAGCCUUCAUUCGAGCUCAGCUUCAAGGAUUUCCUACAUUAUCUGAAGUAUAAUAAGGAUCAAGAUCCACUCUACUUAUUUGAUCCGCGUUUCGCGGACACUGUCCCAGAGAUGGCAACAGCGUACAAAGUACCCAAGUAUUUCGAAACUGAUUUUUUCUCAGUGUUGGAAGAAGAUGAUCGACCACCCUAUCGAUGGAUCCUUAUUGGACCGCAACGAACUGGAGCUUCUUGGCAUAUAGAUCCUUCAGGAACUUCAGCUUGGAAUACUCUACUCUCAGGUCACAAGCGUUGGGCUUUAUACCCUCCCUAUAUGAUACCUCCAGGCCAUGACCCCACAUCCCCAAAGCGCAUGACUUCUGUGGAGUGGUACCUUGAUAUCUACCCUUUUCUGCAUCCCGACAUGCGACCUUUGGAAAUUGUUCAACAUCCAGGGCAAACUAUCUAUGUUCCUUCAGGUUGGUGGCAUUUGGUCCUCAAUAUGGACGAUACUGUCGCUGUCACCCAAAAUUUUGCGGACGAGACUAACAUUAUGGAAGUGAAACAUGCAUUGCUUGCUGACAAGAGCGAGACUACACAGCUCCACCGAUGGGAGGUUUUAACGCGCGAAAUCCCAAAGCGAUGGCCAGAUCUUACCCCUGUUAUGGUAGCCUCCCCUGACGAACUUCUACUAGCCAAACUUCAACAGCAGUCAAGUUGGAUUGACCCAAAUGCGGCUGAGCUUUCACUUGAAUGGCAACAACGUGCAAAACAAGUUUUUACUCCAUUUGCAGACGGUUCUGAUCUAGGAAACAUUACUCAAAUCCACGCUGGACAAAAUAUGUGCUUCUUGUCCAAGGUUGGGUUUGUAAAGUUUUUCAUGCCAUCCCAUGACGGCCACACUAGCUUCGUUUCAGAAGUCAAAGCAAACCAGAUCCUCCUUGCUUCGGCAGAACAAAAGGUUCAGGAUUGUGCUUAUCUCCUUUCGAUACCAAGGAUGCUGAAAUAUGGCUACUUUCUAGACGCUCAACAAGUUAAGAUAUCAGACUGGCGGUGGCCAUAUAUCAUCACGGAGGUUGAAAAUCCUUCAAAGACCAAUAUUCCUUCCGCGGUACCACUUAAAUCUACACCUGCAGCAUCAUUGGUGUCAGCAAGUGACUUUAUGCCAGAAGAUGAAUCCGGUUACGAAAUUCUAUUAUCACCAAUUUUAAACUCAUUGAGAUACCUCCACACGUUAGACAGAGCAUUGUUGGAGAAGCUGCCUGAUCUCCAACCUUAUGAUAGCACUCGAAGGUCGACAAGUUAUUUGGCUAAUUGUUUAGAAUCAGCUACUUUGAACCACCUGCGCUGGAGAGUCUUCCCAAAACAUCUUUUGGAACUCCUUCCAAAGUAUUUGCCUAAAGAUGCAGCCGAGGUGUUUGAUCCUAUCACAUAUGGUCAUAUUACAGCUACAUUAAUUCACGGCGAUAUCAAUCCAAGUAACAUUUUGGGUUAUCUGGACGAAGAUGGAAAUGAGGAUGAAGAUGAGGUUCGAGAUAGGGAUGAACCAGACGAGGUGAAAGAACAUGAGGCCCAGGCCUAUGGACGGGCCCCAUUAUUCAGACCAACGUCCUUGAUUGACUUUGGGGAUGCAGUCUUUGAAAGUGACCCAUUAAUCGAUAUUAUUUCAGUGUUCAUCACCAUUGUCGACUGCCAACAGGACAAGAAACUUUGUUCAAGAUUGCUGGACUACUGGAGGGAAUUGACAAAAUCAUCCUCGUACUCAGGUUCUGCAGGGACAAAGCUGGCUAGAAGAUGUAUGUGGCAUGUCCUUCUAUGGCCCGGUGACGGACUGAGUACACAUCUUGUUAGAUGUAUGCCAGAGAUUGGGACGAUGUUAACAUGGGAACAGGUAGAGGAAGAAGUCUUUGGAUGGUGGAAAGACGCUCAUGUUGAAGGUUGAUACAGGAAAUAUAGGAGAUAUACCAUUUUUUUUUAAGCAAGCCUAUUACACAAAUUGUUCGAUUCAAUGUUCCGUUUGUCCUGAAUAUUCAAUUAUGCA